AGCACUUUCGUUUCUCCUGCUACGGUGACUAAGAUGGAAGCGUUUUUGGAGUCGCGAUGCGGCCAUUGGGCCGGGGGUCCGGCCCCCGGGCAGUUCUAUCGUGUCCCGUCCACUCCGGCUUCCCUCAUGGACCCGGCGUCCGCGCUCUACGGGAGUCCGAUCACGCGGACCCAGAACCCCAUGGUGACCGGGACCUCGGUUCUCGGCGUUAAGUUCGAGGGCGGAGUGGUGAUUGCUGCCGACAUGCUGGGCUCCUACGGUUCCCUGGCUCGUUUCCGCAACAUCUCUCGGAUCAUGCGCGUCAACAACAGCACCAUGCUGGGCGCCUCUGGAGACUACGCCGACUUCCAGUACUUGAAGCAGGUUCUUGGCCAGAUGGUGAUCGAUGAGGAGUUGCUGGGAGAUGGACACAGCUAUAGUCCCAGAGCUAUUCAUUCUUGGCUGACCAGGGCCAUGUACAGCCGCCGCUCGAAGAUGAACCCUCUAUGGAACACCAUGGUCAUUGGAGGCUAUGCUGAUGGAGAGAGCUUCCUUGGUUACGUGGACAUGCUUGGUGUAGCCUACGAAGCCCCUUCACUGGCCACUGGUUAUGGUGCAUACCUGGCUCAGCCUCUGCUACGAGAAGUUCUGGAAAAGCAGCCUGUACUGAGCCAGACCGAGGCCCGAGAGCUGGUGGAGCGCUGCAUGCGAGUGCUAUACUAUCGAGACGCCCGUUCUUACAACCGGUUCCAAAUCGCCACUGUAACUGAAAAAGGGGUUGAGAUAGAGGGACCACUGUCUGCAGAGACGAACUGGGAAAUUGCCCACAUGAUCAGUGGUUUUGAGUGAAAUACAGAUGCGCUACCCAGAACAGUUGUACUUUUUUUUUGAACUUGGCUGGUUCAAAGGCAGUCAUUUCUUUUGUAAAAUAAAUCCAUCCUUUGCAAUGCUU